AUGGCUAAUACAAAGACAGAAGAUGAAAUAAACCUCUUUGAAAGAGAAAUGAAGGAGUUUUGGACCAAGUUUAAAAGCAUUUAUGGCACUGAACAGAUCAAUCAGACUUUAGCACUGAGAGAUUCAUGCAAGGAGUCCAUAAAAGCACUUUCAGAGAAAUGGUCCAAGAAGCUGAAAGAAGGGGACAUGAUGAUUGAUAAAAUUCAGGAGUAUAGUGAUGAGAUUCUCCAACAGAGCCAACGCAUAUCAGAAAAUCAAGAGCAUUUGACAGAAAUAAAGUCUAACCUAAAUCAAGAAGAAGAGCAAAAGCAGGCCUUGACUGACAGCAUCCAAGAGCUUAAAGAAGAGUUGAUGAAGAAAAAGGAAAUAAUAUCUUCUAAAAACAAAGCUGCUAAGGAGAGAGUGGAACGACUAUGCAAGUCUAAAGUAUUGUUUGAAGAGCGGCUUGGACUGGAGAUACGCAGAAUUCAUGAUGAACAAUUACAGUUUAUAUUCAGACACAUUGACCACAAAGAUCCUGACAAGCCAUUUGUGUUUACUCUUUCCAUAAAUGAACAGGGAGAUUAUGAAGUGACUUCCUGUAUUCCUCCUCUGGACUGUAUAGCAGAGUUCCAGCUCAAAGUGAGAGAAACUAACAAUUUUUCUGCAUUUGUUGCCAACAUCAGAAAAGCUUUCACUGCUUUAUCUUAUAAAUAGUCUGCAUAAAACUAGCUUAUACCUCUCCUCCUAGCUGUAGAGAAUUUGUUUUAGUUUCCUUCCUGUAUUGUGAAUGUAUGUAUGUAUCCAUGUCUUGCUCUAAUUUCUAAAUAAAGAAAAAUAAUGAAAACAGUAUUUUAGUUCACUGACAGCUAAAGAUGUUUUGGAUCAUUCUUCAAACAACAGUAUAAUCAACUACUUCCUUAACUGAAUGUCUCCAGCCAUGUAAAUUUUGAUCCAG